CUGCCAUUCUUGGCCAUGGUUCUUGUUCAAGUAGGAUAUGCUGGCAUGAAUAUUACCUCCAAAUUAGCCAUGGAAUCAGGCAUGAAGCCUCUUGUUCUUGUUGCAUACCGUCAAAUAUUUGCCACUUUUGCCAUCCUUCCCUUUGUCUACUUCUUGGAAUGGAAAACUCUGCCUCGGGUGACAAUGCCUGUUCUUUUCCAGAUUUUCUUAUGUUCCCUUACUGGGGCAACUGGAAACCAGGUGUUAUACUUUGUUGGCCUGGAAAAUUCAACGCCAACAAUCGCAUGCGCAUUGAGCAAUAUACUGCCUGCAGUGACUUUUAUACUGGCAACUAUUUUCAGGCAAGAAGCAGUAGGAUUGAGCAAAGCUUCGGGGCAAGCGAAGGUGGUAGGGACGAUUAUAUGCGUUGGGGGAGCCAUGAUACUGUCAUUCUACCAUGGACACGUUGUUGACAUAGGGGAGUCGAGAAUUCAGUGGGAUUAUGCUCAGAAAAUGGGAGAACAAAAUUCGAGCAGUGGGUCAUCCAACUUCUUCUUGGGUCCUUUUCUUCUAAUGGGUAGCUCUGUUUCUUGGGCAGCCUGGUUCAUAAUACAAGCAAGAAUGAGCGAGAAAUUUGAAGCUCCUUACACAAGCACAUUACUGAUGUGCUUCAUGGGGAGCCUGGAAUGUGGGUUGAUAGCAGUCUGCGCGGAUCAUAAUGUUUCUGAAUGGUCGUUGAGGUCUACAAUCAGGCUGGUUACAGCUCUGUACGCGGGAAUUGUGGCUUCCGGGCUGGGAUUUUCCCUGAUUUCCUGGUCGAUCCAGAAAAAGGGAGCUCUUUACGUGUCAGUAUUCAGCCCCCUGUUGCUGGUGGUGGUGGCUAUAAUGAGUUGGGCUCUGCUUGGUGAGAAAAUAUAUGUUGGAAGUGUUGUAGGGUCUGUACUGGUCGUUGGCGGGCUUUACGUGGUUCUAUGGGGGAAAGACAAGGAAAUGAAGCAGACGAUGGUAGAGAAAGAAGUGAUGAAGGAAGACAUGGAGUUGCAGAUGCCGGCUUCCAACUCAAAUGGGUUGUCAUAA